UUCUCAUUGGGCAGGAAGUCAUUAAAACGCCGUAUUCAAUGCAAAAAAUUGGUGAACUAAAUUGAAGACUCCUCAGUGACCGUCUUUGAAUUCAGUCUGCAAGGAGCGAAAAAUUGAUGGUAUUCGACUUUUGGCCCGGACGAUACAUGUUUUGAUCGCGAAUAUAAGUGUUUCUUCAAAGCAGAAUUUGAAAAUGAGGUUACCAUUCCUGAUAGCCGCGCUGACGAUUGUUGGGCCCUGCUACACUUUCACCGUCACAAGAGACAGUCUGGAUCCGUCUUUCAGCUGGCGGGGGCGAUCCCCUCAGACCACUGUCAUGCCGUUGACAGCCGAAUGGGCCAGGGAAACGGUUGCAAGACUCAGCGAAAAUAGAAAAAAAGAAAGACUCUUGGCGACAAAUCUACCUUUGAAGAUGAGAAUAGCUAUGUGUCUGAAUCGUUCACAUCCAGUCAUACCAGCAUUCAACAUCUCAUCGUUUUCAUCAUGGACAUCAUCGUCCAGCACAUCUAUGCCUGACACCGCCCGUAGACAGUUUAUCAUCGACAUCAUUGACGAGGCUUAUAGUCAACCACCGGAGCAAGAUCAGGAGGGACGUUGUCCCAUCGAAUACAAGCUAUUUGGCGACCUGGCGUUGCGGUUAUGGCGAUCCGAACCCAGUGAUUUCAUCAGCUUUGAAAAGAUUAUUAGUCCUUUAUUCAAAUGUCUUGAGACGCGCAGGCCAUUCGGCCUGGAAUUGUUCCAACUGAUGCGCUCCAUCGAGGGGGGUGAUGUCACAUCCGUCGACGAAUGCUACCCAGAUCGCAGUGCAAACAGUUUCCCGUUUGGUUCAUCACCACGGUUACCAUUCAUUUCGAGUAGCAGACGAGGGGAUCUACCAAGGAUGCCGAGAAUCCAAUUAGAUGUAACCAAGGAGAAAACUCCCGCGGAAAAUAUUCCGGCGUCGACUAGGAGGAUUGGCGUCAAAUCAGCGCCGAUUGGCAACAACAUGGAAGCCUUCGCGGAAUCACUUGGUUUACUCGAUGACCCUGUGAGUAACCUUGGAGACGGUUUACUCGAUGACCCUGUGAGUAACCUUGGAGACACUUUCCAGGACGAUGACCCUCAGGAUCAGACAGGGAGGAGCCGAAAUGUUAGGACGACUUCUUCGGGAGGGCAGUCUGUUGCGUUGAAAAAUAUAAUGAAAUUACUAACAAAUAAGAAGGGAAAGUUAGUAGGCCUACCGUUUAAACAAAAGUUAAAGGCUCACAGAGCCAAAGAUAUGAAUGUCAGAAACAAUAAGUUGAAUGAGGGAAAGGCGUUGGCCGACUCGCGAUUCAAAAAUCUCUGGAGGAAGUUAUCGGACAUUAGAUUGAACAAGGACAAGGGUAGAAGGGGCUUAGACCUCCCGAGAAAGCAGAGGGAGAGGGGAGAGAAAGGGCGAAUUACUCGGCGGGAGAGGGACUUUUUGCUUGAGCUUAUCUCUGCAAUGAGAGUGAACGGUGACGCUCCUGAUGGAACCCUCAUGUGUACCAAGCAGUGUCGGCGGUUGAUAGCUGAGCGAUUACGGCUAGCUCCACGGGUGCGCGAUGAACACGACUAAGGCAGUCACAGGACCGCGAAUUCUGUGUUGCCUUUCAUGUCUUCUUUGCUACCAAUGGUUCACGUCACAACGCACUUUCACACGUCGUUUCGUGUCUUCGGGCGGAACAGUCGACUGACUUUAGGCUACAACGCCCGGAAACCAUCUUAAACGAGUCUAAAAGUCAACAUUGGCGAUUAACCCUAGAACAGUUCCGUGUUGACCUCCGUUACUACCCUUUGGUUGGCCUUGCCAUCUCUAAUGACCUUGAACCUUGAAAUGUGGACUGCCUUGGGGUAUGGACCUUGACAUUGGUCUAGGCUGCAUCAGUGUAUACCCCUUUAAGGAUGUUGAAUCAGCACCGCAGUCCAUAUCCCGCAGUCGGCAAAAGUUCGAACAAGUUUUCCCGAGUUUGCGUCUGGUUACGCCUGCGCGUUAUAUAUACCUUGGUAACGGCUUGGUCACCAUGGUUACUUGGUCAAUGUGCAUGCUUAACCGGAGGCAAAAUCAGGACAUUAUCUUCCUAUACUUCUGCCGACCGCGGUGUUGAUUCAAAGUCCUCAUUGGCGGUUGCGUGAUACGUUCCAUCCUGGAGUUCCAUAUUCCGUAUUAGGAAGAGAAAACAAGCUGUGAUACUCAGGGUUGACCUUCUCCUUGGAUACCGUUCGUCCAAUCACAUGACUUAGCCGGGGAGCGUAUAAGACAUACGUUAGAACUUAGGAGGGAUAGAAAUUCUGUUCUAAAUGUGUGUGAUUUUAUUUAUUGAUCGAUAUUGUAUGGCUGACAUUUCUGACGAUAUUUUGACAGUUUUGCAACAUA